AAAAAAAAAUGAGUGACCUGCUUUUCAAUCUUUUUUUUUUUCCUUCUUAAAUCACAGAGGAAUUUACAAAAACGCGUUUUCUUUAUACAAAUGUCAUUUUCCUUUGGAGCACCUGCAACUACAAAUACUUUUGGUGGCUUCGGCACAUCUCAACCAGCAGCUCCUGCCACUACAAGUACGUUUGGUGGUUUUGGUACUUCUCAGCCAGCAGCUCCUGCCACUGGUUUUGGAACAACAACAACAACAACAGGUUUUGGAGCACCUGCAACUUCUACUCCUUCCACCGGUUUUUCAUUUGGUACUUCUCAGCCAGCAGCCCCUACCAGUGGCUUUGGAACAACAGCGACAACAACUUCUACUCCCUCCACUGGUUUUUCGUUUGGGGCAGCCACAAGCACUGCACCUUCAUUUGGAACCACUACAACAGCUAUUUCCACAGCUCCUUCUACUGGUUUCUCAUUUGGAACAUCUGCAACCUCAACACAACCCACCACCAGUCUGUUUGGCACAACAAAUACAGGCUUUGGCGCCAACCUAUCUUUUGGUAACAAACCUACCGCCAAUGUGUUUGGUACAACAGGCGUCAAUAACCAACAACAAAGAGCACAACAAGUCUAUCAAUUACUGACUCAAGUCGAUCAAGAAGAACGGGCUAAGCUUCAACUUUCGAUUGCCAGUGAAGACUAUAAGCCUGAUAAUGUAUGGCAUGCACUUGCUCUAUUAAAGUCUUGGUGGAACCCUGCUUCACCCAAUUGCCGUUUUCGACAUUACUUUUAUAAUGUGGUGCCUGCUGACCAAGUGCAUUUGUAUCAAAAACCCGCAGAUCAUGAUCAAGCAGCAUGGGAUGCAGCUCAGGCAGCCAAUCCAGAUCCAAAGACCAUGGUACCUGCCUUGGCUGUCGGAUUUGAAGAUGUUGAUAAACGUAUGCAAGAACAACAAAAGAUGAGUGAAGCUCAUACUGCUAAAUUGGCCGAAGUUCAAACAUUGUUAAAAGAAGUUCAACGAAAAGAUCAGCUAGUAACAGCAGUCAAAUUAGAAGAAUCUAAACGUAGACAUAUGCAGACAAGACAACGUGUGAUUACAUUAUUGAAAUAUGCUCAAGUGUUGCGUAACAAGGGCUUGAGUAUUACACCUGAAGAAGAGAAGAUGCGUGCACAACUUGAGGGCAUGCAGGAUCAAUUAGAGCGUUCAGAACAAUUCCAUGGCAAAUUAAGUCAACUAUGGGCUCAAUUGCAAUUGAUUAAGGAAUCUGGGAGAAAGUAUGGUAAAAUUGAUGGUGUUGAUGAAUGGGAUGCUGUGAGUGAAGAAGACAUGUCUGGUAUAACAAAGAUAUUGGAAGAACAAAACAAUGGUGUACAACAUAUCGUUCAAGUACUUGAAACGGAUGAAAAAGAAGUUGAUCAACUUCAUAAGGCUUUGGGCCAUCAAUACCACACUUAUUAGUCAAUAAAGGCAUCUAGAGAAGUCCUUUCCUUGAAGAUUGUUCAGCAGUUCAAUAAGUCACAUGACCUAUCCUCUUUUUGAUGCUGUCCACAUGGAUUUUUAACUACUGAGUUUUUAUCUCAAAUUAAUUUUCUUUUUCUCU